GCUGAUCUUGAAGCCCGACAACACCGCGAAGGUGGAGAUCGACGGCGAGAAGAUCUACGAGGGCUCCUUGAAGGAGGACUGGGAGCUCUUGGCCCCCAAGGAGAUCAAGGAUCCCGAUGACAAGAAGCCCAGUGACUGGGUUGAUGACAGCAUGAUGGACGACCCGGAGGACAAGAAGCCGGACGGCUGGGUGGAGGAGAAGAAGAUCGUGGAUGCCAAGGCCACUAAGCCUGACGACUGGGAUGACGAGGAGGACGGCGAGUGGGAGGCACCCGUGAUCGACAACCCCGAGUACAAGGGCGAGUGGACCGUGAAGCGAAUCUCCAACCCUGCCUACAAGGGCUUCUGGGAGGCCAAGAAGAUCGCCAACCCGGAGUACGUCGAUGACGACAACCUGUACAAGUACGAUGACUUCGGCUUCAUCGGCUUUGACUUGUGGCAGGUCAAGGGCAACACCAUCUUCGACAACGUCAUCAUCACCGACGAUGUCAAGGAGGCUGAUGCCUUCGUGGAGAAGUGGAAGGCCCUCAGCGAAGUGGAGAAGGCAAAGAAGAAAGAGGAGGAUGACAAGAAGGCUGAGGAGGCCAAGAGUGCUGCAGCCUCCAAGGACGACGAUGAUGACGAUGACGACAAGGAAGAGGAGGACUAA